AUGGGCAAAGGCACCCUCUGCCCAACCCAGGGCCAGCCAUCACCUCUGGCCAUGCAGGACCUGCUCCAGCGCCAGGACAUAGCCCAGGGCUGCCACCACCUGGAGUCGUCCCAACUCUGCAGGGACAUCGCUGCCAGGAACUGUGUGCUGAGCUGCAGUGGGCCCAGCUGAGUGGCCAAGAUGGGGGACUUCUGGAUGGCCAGAGAUAUCUACAAAGGCAGUUAUUACCUAAAGGGUUGCCAGGCUCUGCGGCCAGUCAAGUAGACCCCAGAGGCCUUCCUGGAGGGCAUCUUCACAUCCAAGAUAGACUCCUGAUCUUUUGGGGUACUGCUCUGGGAGAUCUUCUCACUGGGCUAUAUGCCCUACCCUGGCACCAACCAGGAGGUGUAAGACUUCAUGGCCAGAGUUGGACUGAUGGCCAGCCCCUCCCAGGGGCAUCGGUAUCCUAUCAUGACCCAGUGUUGGCAGCACCAGCUUGAACUCCACCCUAGUUUUGCCAGCAUCUUCGAGCAUUUUCCAUACUGGACUCAGGGCCCUGAUGUGCUGAAUUCACCUCUGCCACUGGAGCUAGGGCCCAGAAAAGAAAGGGCUGCUGGGCUGGGGAGCAGGUCUUUGGAGGGUCUAAGAUCCCCAUAGGCCCAGGAACUGAGUCUGAAGAACUUCAAGAGCUGGGAAGGGAGCUGGCUGCCCUCUGGCCUCAAGCCCCCCAAUUCCAGAGGACUCCAACCUUGGAACCCUUGGAAUCCCAUCUAUAGCUGCUGGGCCCCCAGGGCCCCUGAGAGUGAGGACACAGGCAUUGGCGCUAGCAGUGGCUCCUCCCUGCACUCCUCCCCAGGCUUCUAG